AUGGCUUCCAACGUCGUUGUUCUUCUUCCCAACGGCAAGCGGCAAACCGUGAAAACAACUCCAAUGAUGACGUUAAAACAAAUAGUUAUUACUGUUUGUGAGAAACAAAGCAUGACUGACGUUGAAAAUUGGGGUUUAAAACAAAACAAGAAAACUCUCGAUCUUGGCCUGUCUGUUAGAUUUGCCAAUCUUGCACCAGGCGCAAAACUUGAUCUGAUUCGAAUUACCGCACAAAAAGUUCAUAGCGACGUUCAGGUUGCCUUACAAUUGGAUGAUGGGGGAAGAUUAAUUGGAAAAUUCCCGAUUACGUCAUCUUUAUGGGAUAUAUUAAUACAUUUCGAAAGUUCCUCUCAGGAUGGAUCCCUAAAUCUCACAAGACGUACAGCUCCGGUGCCUAAAAAGAAAACCCUCCUUAAGAAAAUUGCUGGGCAAUCUAAGGACGCACACUUUUAUCAACAACCGGUGUUGUUACGUCUUUUGUUCAGAAAUACAGAAUCAAGCCUUGAGGAUGUUUUGAAUGAUAUAAUUACGCCACUACAAGUCCCUAAGAAUAAUACUAUAUCAGGUGACACUGCUGUAGCAACUGUGCCUACAGAGCCAACCGAUAAAUCUAAAAAGAUUGACAAAGAAAAAUCAAAUUCGGAGGAUCAUUUAUCAGUCGUACCGACGGGGUCAAUUGAUGAAUCUCCGAAAAAUGAUGCAACUACGUUAACAGAAAUAACUGAUAGAAUUGAUAUUGAACAGUCUAAUUCGGAGGUUAAUUCAUUGACCGUUCCAGAUUCCACCGAUGGACUUUCAAAAAUGGACUUAGAGCAAAAUAUUGAAUCAAUGGAAAUAGAUUCUAAUCUUCCGGAUCAGGCUCCGACCACUUUAAGCACUGACGAUGAUGUAAUAAAACCAUCUUUUGAACAGAUUCAUAUUUCAGAGAAUAACGAUGUGUCGGAAACUAGUCACCCGUCAGUCGUUCAAACAAUGGCAGAUCCAAUAAAUCAAUCACCGGAACGAGGUUACUUUGAUCGUAACGUAAAGGUUUUUAAUCCCCUACCAGAAAAAGCACAAUUCCCAACUCAAAUAGACCUCCCAGACUCCUUUUAUGAAUUGACGGCUUCCGAAUUACAGUUCUUAUUGGCAAUGCAAAAUUCUAAACGUGUUGCUCAAGAGAAUGUUGGUUUUAAAACUAGUAAAGUAAGAGCUCAAGAACAAGAAGAAAAAGAGCGCAAAUAUCCAAAGACCUUGAUAAGAGUGAAAUUUCCUGAUGGUUUUCAACUGCAAGUCGCAUUCAUGUCAAAAGAAAAAGUUUCCAGCUUAUACGAAUUUGUCAAAAAUGCGUUACGAACACCUCAUAGCGCAUUUGAAUUAUAUACUACCCCCCCUAAAAAGAUUCUUUCGGAUCAGAACCUAACGCUUUUUCACGCUGAAUUGUCUCCGGCUUCAGUAGUGUAUUUCAUCUGGUUAAACAAAUUCGAAAAUGAUUCUGAACCUUAUUUGUCAGAAGAAUACUUAAAACUUCGAGAAGAUAUUCCUCAUCUUCAAACCACAGUAGAUGUUAAUGCCUCGAUUGUUCCCAACGACACAACCAUAAAACAGGAAAACGUGGGACAUAAGUUGUCUGAAACCUCUCAUCAAGAUGGGUCAAGUGUGAAAAAAAAGUCAAAGAGUCAAAGCGAAGGUUCCGGCUCAAACCGUUCAUUGCCAAAAUGGUUUCGCAAAAAACAAUAA